CUGGGCUUUACCAUAUAGCUCAGUAUCAACUAGCCAGUAGUGACCCAGUAGCUGCCCAGACUGGUCCUGCCUUGCCAAACGGCUCUGAGGCUGACAAGCUGCUAACUGGGAAGGAUGAGAGGAAGUAGGCUGCAGAGGAAGAAGAAGGAGGAAUAGGCUUUACGCACUGUGAGAGUGAGUUUCUAAAAGAAGAAGAGGAAGAAGAGGAGGGAUAUAAACGCUGCAUGACUUUAUAACCAGAGGAAGAGGGAGAAUAACAAUGUCUUAGAGGAGGAGGAAGAGGAGGAGGAGGAGGAGUUGUUUUGGACAGAACCAAGCAGGCCUAUACAGGCCACAGGACUACUAGCCCGGGUCCAGCCUGCUGUUGCACGGAAUACCGGAUCGUCCCGGGUCGGACCGGGAGGCGGGAGGCUGUUUUCUGUGUCGGAAGCUGCUGCCUGGUAGAUAACUCCAGAUGCAAACAUCUGCUCUGGACAAGCGUUAAAGCGCAGUGAAGGCGCGCGCACUGCUGCAGCAUCCAGAGGACCUCUGAGCGCGCGCGUGUGUGUGUGUGUGUGUGUGUGUUUGUGUGUGUGUGUGUGUGUGUGUGUGUGUCACUAUGAGUCUGGUCUCGGGCUUCCCUCACCACCCGGUCAUGCACCAUCACGACAGCCACCACUACUCCCUGCACGCGGCGGCCGGUCGGUGUCACGAGGACACCGGGGGUGCACCUCCGUACUUCACGAGCUGGCUGAUCAGCCACGCGGACAUGUCUCCCACCGAGUACAGCCUCGCGCCCGGCUACAGCCCAGAGUACCAUGGUAACAGCGGGUCUACCGGAGGAGGUGGUCUGGACGCCUCUCACCAUCACCCCCAUCAUCACCACCACCACUACGGACCCGGAGGCCUGGUGCCGGGCUCCGGUGCCAGCGGCGGCGUCUCGGUGAACGGAGCCACGGUGGUCGGUAUGCACCCGCACGGACAUCCCCGGCCCGUGAAGCGGAGACCCACGGCCAACCGGAAGGAGCGGCGGCGGACGCAGAGCAUCAACUCGGCCUUCUCGGAGCUCCGGGAGUGUAUCCCCAACGUACCGGCAGACACCAAGCUGUCCAAGAUCAAGACGCUGCGGCUGGCCACCAGCUACAUCUCCUACCUGAUGGACAUCCUGGACAAGGACGGACAGAUCGGGGACACGCAGGCGUUCAAGGCCGAGCUGAAGAAGACGGAGGCCCGGGAAGAGCGGAGGAAGAGAGAGGCGGUGGAGAUCCCGAAGACAACAUCAUCAACAUCCUCAUCGUCAUCCUCUUCGUCAGCGGGCGAUAAGAAGAGUAAAGGACGGACAGGGUGGCCUCAACAUGUCUGGGCUCUGGAGCUCAAACAGUAGCGACCAAUCCCUCCAUCCAUCUCUCCAUCCUGCCAGGCGAGAGCCCCCUUUAUACCAUCCUCCAGCUCUGUCCUCCAAGAGAGUGAUGGGACAAUAAUGACGCGCUCUGAUGAACUGUAAAUGCAGUCAUCAUCAUCAUCAUCAUCAUCAUCAUCAUCAUCAUCGCUCUGGAACUAGAGGUUGGACGCUGUAUCUCCUGUUCACUUCGCUAUAUGGUGAGACACGAAGAAAGUGGCCAUCAGUUUGGACAAAAUAACUCCCUCAUCUUUCAGCGCGCUGUGCCAGGGUUUCAACCUGAACCCGGGGUUCCUUUCAAUAGUAGCCUACUUCCAGAAAAAAAAAAAAAAACUCAAUAUCACACAUUCAACGGUAUUAAAAACAAACAACAAAUUUAAUUGAAAAAACAUUUACGCAAAAAUUCACCAAAUAGAAAUAUUCUCAUUUCUCUAUAAUUUAACAUCAGUGGGAACUUUUGGAUAGGUUUAUAUACAUGACAGUCAUUGUCUACAGGCUUGGACCACAUAUAAGCCUGCGUGCGUCAGAGCAGCUGUUUGGGUUAAAAGUGGAUGCACCGGUUAAAAACAUGUGAGCACCGUUAGUCCAAUUUAACCAACCUUGCUCAGGGCUUUGCUAAGAUAUAACUCUCCGGUUCUCUAAUGAAAUAUUUGGUGGAUGGGGAUGUAUGCAGAAUUAAAGACUGGUCUAUAAAAGCUCUUAGGUUGUGUUCAGCCAGAUGUGUAAAAGGCCCAAAGUAGCGUCACACCAGCGCCAAAUUGUGAACGGAGUGUUCUCUUCUUCCUGUCGAGGGAAAAACACAACGAGUUGGGGAUAAAGGCGGACCCAUUUCUCUCUCUCUCUCUCUCUCUCGCUCUCUCUCUCUCUCUCUCUCUCUCUCCCUCCCUCUCUCUCUCUCUCUCUCUCUCUCUCGCUCUCUCUCUCUAACACCCAACCCUCGCCACCACCACCACCCACACGAUUACACACACACGCAAAGGGGUGUUGACGUGCUCUCUGCUUUAUUUAACGGAAUAUAUUUAUGUGCAAUGCGGCCGGUAGAAGGACCCAAACAGCUCUAGGUCCAUCUACUGACCUGUGAUUAAACGACAAGGUGUAUAUGAAGUUCUCUCUCUCUCUCUCUCUCUCUCUCUCUCUCUCUCUGUCUCUCUCUCUCUCUCUUUUCUCUGAGUAAUUUAGUGUUUGUAAAUGUAAAGGCGUCACCAUGAUGACGAAGUGUCCAUGUUGUGGUAUGAAGAUGUGGUGGGAGUCUAAAUAAUGCUUUAUGUGGGAUGUAAACAGUGUCAUGAAUUUAAUAAACCACCACCUGGUUACUACAUGGUAA